GGUUCUCACCGAACCCGAAACAUUUAAAUUCAUUUAUUUAUUUUAUUAUUAUAAUAGAUUCAUUAAGUAUUAUUUUAUUUACAAUGCACCCGAUAACAGUGUCCAUUCCGUCGUUCCGUUCAGAGGAAAACACGGCUGAGAAAGGAUACACGGUCUUUAAGAUCGAGGUGUUGAUGAACGGCCGACAGCACACGGUGGAGAAACGUUACAGCGAGUUUCAUGCGCUGCACAAGAUGCUAAAAAAGAUCAUCAAACCCCCCGAGAUGCCAUCAAAGCAUGUGAGGAACUGGGUACCCAAGGUUCUGGAGCAGAGAAGACAUGGACUUGAGGUUUAUCUUCAGACUAUAAUCAUGGAAAACGAGGUCCUUCCCAAAAUAUUCCUGGAUUUCCUGAACAUCCGUCACUUCCCAUCACUGCCGAAAACCGAGAGCUGUGGAUCCUUUGAGACGGAAUCUGACGAAUCAUGUAAACUGACGCAUCAGCCGGCGCUGCUCUUCCUGAGGGACCCGUAUCUGCUUCCUGCUGCCAACGACUCGAUUUCCAACGUGGUGAUCGAGGGAGUGAUCCACGGGAUCUUCUACCCGGAUCUGCAGCCCAGGUAGAGCGACGCUCCCCCAGCCGGAUCAUCGUCUCACCUGGUGCACCCAGAGGCAUUUCUAACACUAACACUCGCGGUACCGGCUCACGCAGGCCGAACCUACUCACUACGUUUAUUUUAGGGUGUGUGAGGCUCAAAGGGAUGAAUUUAUUAAGUUUUUAGUGUUCGUAAUGAGUCCUGGUGUUCCAUACAAGGUAAAAAUGCUACUAAUGAUUAUGAUAAAAAACUAAAUCUAACGUUUAAACUAGAGCUGGAAAUGUGAUUAAAAAAUAUUAAUCAAUUUUAAAUGUGUUCAUGUCAUGAAAUCAGAAAAUCAGUCUUCCCCCUUUUUUGCACCUAAAUCAGUUGUGACCAAUUAUACAAGCCCCCAUUCCCCUGAACAAGGACAGCCAAAGCUGUUACAUGUCCCCUCAUGAGCAUGGACCGCUUCUUUUCACCUGCCAGGGGCGGGGACUCACAGAGAGCGACAGUGUCAUCUGUGAUCAGCCGCCCCCUGUUGAGGUGCCCUGACCGGUCAGCAGAGGUCACACUUACACCAGCGAUAAGGAACCCUGUUUCAGUCGUUGUCCCUCCCCCCUACAGACCUACAGCCAAUCAGAUGGCUAAUAGCAGAACUGAGAUUCGAACUUGACAGCUGAGCAUGGACCGCUUCUUUUCACCUACCAGGGGCAAGGGCUCACAAAUUUACACGCUGUUAUCUAUGAUCAGCCGCCCUCCAUGGAGGUGUUUCGAUCAGUCAGGAGAGUUCACAACUACACCAGCAAUGAAGGACCCUGUUUCAGCCGUUGUCCCCCCCCCCCUACAGACAUACACAGCCAAUCAGACGGCUUGACGGCUCGAGAUCUCAGUCCUGAAUCUUUUUUAUGCCGGAUCCCUCCCUGACACAACCCUCCCAUUUCUAACCAGGCUUGGGACCUGCACUGAAAGCACACUGACAAGUGCACUUCCCCUUAGCCAGACAGUUCGGACCCAGCCAGUCGUGUCUGUGUAGACGCCCGAACGGCUGAUAGCACCGCCCAGACUCAAACCCCAGAUCUCAGUCCUGAACCUUUUUUACGCCAACGCCUUUUCUGGCGCACCCCUCCUAUUUCUAACCGGGCUUGAGACCUGCACUGAGAGCGCACUGACGAGUGCACCUCCCAUUAGCCAGACAGUUUGGGCCAUACUCCCCCCAGACACAGCCAAUCUUGUCUGUGUAGAUGCCCGAUCGGCCGAUAACACCGCAGAGACUCAAAUCCCGGAUCUCAGCCGUAGUAGGGUUGCGUAUUUUACUCCUGUGCCAUGUUGAGCGCCGCUGAUGCGCCGAUGCAGUUAGGUAGUCAUCACAUGAAAAUCUUUCCCUUAAAGCUUCUUUGAGCAUCCAAAAAGGUGGAAAUCAGAUGGAGCUAAAUCCAGACUAUAAGCGUCUCUCAGACACGCCCGGUUACUCCUCCCACCCUCACCGCUUAUAAUCAGAAUAUACAAGUGAGGAAACUUAUUGUACUACAUUAUUUACAGUAUACACUAUAUGGACAAAAGUAUCGGGACGCCCCUUUAAUUACUGAAUUUAUGUGUUUCAGCCACAACAGCUGCUAACAGGUGUAAUAAAUGCUUCUGACUGUGCAGCAACAGUUUAGGGAAGGCCUUUUCCAGCAUGCCCUGCACAGAUCAGCCCUACCAACAUUCCUUUGUUCUACUGAAUAGGCACAAAUUCCCACAGACAUACUGACAGCCUUUUCAAAAGAGUGUCUGUUGUUCUAGCUGAAAAGAUCCCACAGAGCUCACUCACGGUCAGCUCAUGCUCAGGCAUCCAAAUACUUUUGGCCAUGUAGCGUAUGAUACUGUCCCAUCACUGGAAGUGUAAUGUUUAUUAAACUGGAAACGAUGGUGUAACACUAUUCCACACAAACCUAACAGCUCAUUCUGUGUACAGAUGUGACGUUCUAUGUUUACUGAAUAUUUAAACCCGAUUCGCUCGUUUUUGUUGGAAAUGUCGCCGCGUUUCGGAUGAUCCUCGACGCCCAGGGUCCCUGACCUCUGUGUAAAGCACUUUAAACUGGAAAUAAAACACAAAUUCUGAUGAAUGUUCAGUUAAAUAUGAUUAAAACACAAAGCAAUAAAGACUAAAUGCUAUAAA